UGUUUCCCGACAGAUGUCUGGCGAGGGUGCGCAGUUUCAAUCAGAGAAGGUAUAGACAGCCGAUGAAUAGCCUACAGGUUAUUUUUGAGAGAACAUACCAUUACGUGGAUAUUUGUUACGCAAACAACCUUCAUACAUUUUUUAAACCUUAGUCAUACAUUUUUAAAAAAUAAAAUGGAGUAUCACAACAGAACAGAAAUGAACGAAAUGUGCAAUGGUAAAACUGUCACAGAGAUUCACAACUCCUUCGGAGAUUUCUCAAUCAAGGCCAAAAAACACGCAUUCCAGGACAAUCAAGAGGGGUCUCGCAAGGAAGACGAAGACGCAUAUAGGCUGCCAGCGCUGGAGGCUGCCUACACCACCAUUCUCCAGGAGCUGGGAGAAGACACCGACCGCCAGGGUCUUCUCCAGACCCCGCACCGCGCAGCGAAAGCCAUGCAGUUUCUCACCAAAGGCUACCACGAGAACAUCUAUGACAUCCUGAAUGAUGCCAUAUUUGACGAACACCAUAAUGAGAUGGUUAUCGUGAAGGACAUUGAUAUGUUCUCCCUGUGUGAGCAUCACCUGGUGCCCUUCUUUGGAAAGGUUCACAUUGGGUACCUGCCCAAUCAAAAAGUGGUGGGUCUGAGCAAACUAGCAAGAAUUGUUGAGAUAUACAGCCGGCGACUUCAAGUCCAGGAGCGACUGACCAAGCAGAUCGCCACGGCCAUCUCAGACGCACUGCAGCCGGCUGGGGUGGCUGUUAUCAUAGAGGCAGUACACAUGUGCAUGGUCAUGCGGGGUGUACAGAAGAUGAACAGCCGCACAGUCACCAGCACCAUGCUGGGAGUGUUCCGAGAAGAUCCCAAAACUCGUGAGGAGUUUCUGGCCCUGGCCAAGGACCGCUGAACCAAUCUCAGCUUCUCCUGAAUACUGCCCUCUACUGGCAAAUCCAGAUAAUGCAAGC